AUGCCCCCACCGGGACAUUCACAGAAAAACACAGAAACAGUUCUGCAGAUCCUCAUUAACAUCAUCAUCGUUUCCAACUACACACAAGAACAUCAUCAGAUACUUGAGAAGAAGAGAUGUCUGAAUCUGAAGGUGCAAAAGAUGAUCUUCAAUGACCCCAUUCAUGGUAACAUUGAGCUGCACCCGUUGCUGGUGAAAAUGAUUGAUACUCCUCAGUUUCAGAGACUUCGAUACAUCAAACAACUGGGAACGAAACAUCUAGUGUAUCCGGGCGCCACACACACUCGCUUCGAACACUCACUUGGUGUGGCACAUUUAGCAGGAUGCCUUCUCAAGACACUGCAUGAGAAUCAGCCAGAACUCAACAUCAACAAAAAGGAUUUCCUGUGUGUUCAGAUCGCUGCCCUGUGCCAUGACAUGGGUCAUGGUCCGUUCUCUCAUUUGUUUGAUGGCAUGUUCAUCCCUGAAGUCCUGCCUGGUGAGCCUUGGGAGCAUGAGCAGGCAUCUGUUCGCAUGUUUUGCUGCAUGAUAGAGAAUAAUGAACUGGACGAACAGAUGAAAUUCUAUGGACUGGAUUUACAGGAAGACAUCAAAUUCAUUAAGGAAUUAAUUCUGAAAGGACAAAAGGAUGGCCAGGUAAAAUGUUGGUCAAUGGAGGGCAGGGCUGAGGACAAAUCCUUCCUGUAUGAGAUUGUGGCAAAUAAGGUGAACGGCAUUGAUGUGGACAAAUGGGACUAUUUGGCUCGAGAUUGUUAUUAUCUCGGCAUUCCAUGUGGUUUUGACUCUCAGCGUCUGCUAAAAUCUGCUCGAGUGUGUGAGGUGAACAGGAGGAAACACGUCUGCUUCAGAGACAAGGUGGCAGAUAACAUUUAUGGCAUGUUUCACACCAGAUACACUCUUCAUCGCCAGGCUCUUCAGCACAAGAUCGGCUACAUCAUUGACGUCAAGAUUAAGGAUGCUCUUGUAAAAGCUAAUAACGAGCUAAUAACGAGUCCACCAUCCAAGAUCUCAGAUGUCAUAUAUGAUAUGCCAGAGUACACCAAACUCACAGAUCACAUCUUUGAUCAGAUCCUGAACCAGUCAGACUCAAAUCCAGAUCUGGCUGAAGCCCGAAGCAUUCUGCAGGAUGUUGUCAACAGAAGGCUGCCAAAGUUUGUGGGAGAGGCUCGACUGAAUGAAAACAAAUUAAAGGAAAAGCUGACAAACCAUUGGGAGGAAAAGGUCAAUAACCAUAGUCUGGAUCCUGAGGACAAAAUAUUUUGUAAAAUACAAAAUGACAGCUUAAAAGCCCAGCCUGUUAAAGCCUUCAAGAUUCAAGUGUAUAAGAAAACGCUUCUCAUUCAGGUUCUUGAGAUGGGUUUUGGUGAAGUGGGCAAAGAGCCUAUUGCUAAUGUUCAUUUCUACAGCAAGAGUGACCUGAAAACAGCUUUCAAGAUGAAGAAGUACCAGGUGUCCAGCCUCAAACCAGAGAAGUUUCACGAAUUUCUUCUGAGGGUCUAUCAUGAUCCAGAGGAUCAGAAGCAUCAGAAGGAGGUCCAGCAGAAAGCUCAGAAGUACUUUCAUGAGUGGUGCAAAAAUCCCCAAAACGAAUUCAUUGAUUGCAGUUAUUCUCAUUCAGGAUGGUCAGACAGCCCUGACAAACACAUUUUCAAAGGCAAACAUGAUGAUAAGGAUGCUGAUGAAGAGGAGGAGAAUCAGGAAACCUCUUCAAGCAAGAUCUUCAAUGACCCCAUUCAUGGUCAGAUUAAGCUGCACCCCCUGCUGGUGAAGAUCAUUGACACUCCUCAGUUUCAGAGACUCAGACACAUCAAACAGCUGGGAGGAACAUAUCUGGUGUAUCCUGGAGCCACUCACACUCGCUUCGAACACUCAGUUGGGUAA